AGCAACAGGAGUGUCUGAUUGUUUCAAAGCAAUUCGGGGUGCGGCCGCUUUACUAAUGCGUGAAACCGACAGCUUCAACUCGGAAGUGCGUAUAAAAAAAUGAAGUAGUCUUUUUCAUCCCAACUAACGCUGCUGCUGUCAAUCCUCUUCGACGCAAAUGAUUCCGUAAUUUAUUAUUGAUCUCCGACAAAAAUCAAGAUAGCGCUGCCUCGGAGAUUUCCACAAGCUUCUCUAGGGUUCCCCUUUGAUUUGUCGUUCGAGGCUGUGGAGUAGAAUGGAUGGCGUUGUUGUGAGGAGGGUAAUACCCUCAGAUAAUAGCUGCCUCUUCAAUGCUGUGGGUUAUCUUAUGGAGCAUGAUCAACACAAAGCUCCAGAAUUGAGACAGGUUAUAGCUGUAGCUGUGGCAAGUGAUCCUGUAAAGUACAAUGAGGCAUUGGUUAUGAGAAAUGAUGAGAAUCAACAUUGCUAUUGGCUACUUCUAAGUGAAGUAUGGUUCGGUGCAAUUGAGCUUUCAAUAUUAUCAGAAUAUUAUGGUCGUGAAAUUGCAGCCUAUGACAUCCAAACUACCCGCUGUGAUCUGUAUGGUCAGUCAAAAGGGUAUGGAGAACGAGUGAUGCUGCUUUAUGAUGGUCUGCACUAUGAUGCAUUAGCUAUGUCUCCUUCCGACAAUGCUCCUCCUGAUUUUGAUCAGACCGUUUUCACUGUAAAUUCUGAUGGUACCAUUGGGCCUGUGGAAGGCCUUGUUCUCAAUCUGGUGAAGGAUGCCCAGAGAAAGAGAAGAUUCACUGAUACAGCAAACUUCACCUUGCGCUGUGGAGUAUGCCAAAUUGGUUUCGUUGGUUCAAAGGAGGCUGUUCAGCAUGCACAAGCAACUGGGCAUAUAAACUUUCAAGAGUACAAUUGAGCGCCAUGGCAACCUUCUCCUUGGUGAUUUAUCUCUACUGAUUGAAAUAAAAUAGAAUUUUAGGCCAAUCAUGGAACAGUUUACAACCAUUUUUGGUAAGAUUGUUGAUGAUUUUUUGUUUAUUUUCUUCUAUUGCUUGGUUUUAAAAGGAUGAUUCUAAAAAGAAAUAAAAACACAUUAAAAGUGAACAGAAAUUAUUCUUAUUUUCAAUAAUCUUUCGCUGUACUGGCCUGGAGAUCUUAUGGAAAGAGGAAUUCUUGUUUUCUUCUACAAA